AUGCCUGCAAUCCCUCCCACCCUCAACCCUGAUCAGUUAGAAUUGUACCUCCAGCGCAUUAAAUAUGCUGACUACGCCACUCCUACAGGCAAUAGUAAUUCGCGCCUACAGCAACUUCAAGAUUCUGUGAACGAGGACGCUCUUGCAGCCCUGACUGAAUUGCAACGGCGACAUCUAGGGUCAAUUACCUGGGGAAAUACGGCUCUGCAUUACUCAAGUCACCAUUCAAUCUCAAUCCACCCUUCCUGUGUCUUUGAGAGACUAGUUAUCCGUGGUCUUGAUGGGUAUUGCAUGGAAAAUACCAAUCUCCUCUAUAUGGUCCUAUGCUCUCUGGGAUAUGAGGUGUAUCCGACCGGAGGCCGCGUGAGCCGUACAGUCGUUACAGGAGACCCAACUGAUGAAGGCUAUAUACCCCUAAGCAACUGGCGUCUAACAGAAGUGUGUAGGAGCCAUAUGAUCCUUAUCGUGACUAUAUCUGGUCAAAAGUACAUGAUUGAUGUUGGGUUCGGCCGUAAUACUCCUACCAGCCCGUUACUGCUUCAGGAGGAUAUCACAGCUACAUUAAUUUGGCCCAGCGAAAUGCGCUUGACUAAGGCACCUCUGGCUGAAUUUAUGGAUCAAACACAGAAGGUCUUGAUCUACCAUGCCCGGGGCGACCACCAGAGCCCUUGGAUUCCGCAGUACUCGUUCUCUGAAGUGGAAUUCCUGUUCGAGGACUUCAAUAUGAUGAACUUCUUCACGAGCAGGAGUCGGUCGAUUCUAUUUACGCAAAAGCUAGCUUGUACCCGUGUAAUCCUGGAUGACCAAGGCCUUGAACCCCUUGGAAUUUAUAUUCUUGCUGGGAGAGAAGUCAAGAGGGUACUUCGCGAAAAGACCGAGACCUUGCAGACAUUCAAUGCAGAGGAGGAUAGAGUCAGUGCAUUGGUGAAAUACUUCAACAUGAAUUUUCAAGAACAUGAACUCGAGGGUAUUCGCGGGCUACCAUCUCAGAUCAAACCCAGAUAG